CUGAAACCGGACCAAAAUACGCUUGGAGAGGAGGAGAGGAGGAAACUGAUAGACCGCGGAGGUGGCACUGUUGUUACAUUCUCCAAAGAGUUUGCGGUCACUGAGCACCUGAGCGGCCUUCUCUUCCAGCGGUCAGGACAGAGUCAUCCGCCCACCCCACUCCAGCUGCCCGGCGGGAUGUUUGAGGAGUCUCAGGAGGUGAGCGAGCUCCACGUUAUGGAGUCGCCGGCCUCGGUGGCGUCCGGGGGAAACGGGGGUCCGCUGUCCUUCACGGACGAGGCGGUGUCCAUACUGACGUCCAGCAGCCUGCUGGCCCGCUCGCUGCUGGGCCGCGGCGCGGCCGCCAAGCGCAAGGAGAGCCCCUCGUCCGGCGCGCGGCGCAAGCGCGAGUUCAUCCCGCAAGACAAGAAGGACGAGGGCUACUGGGACAAGAGGCGGAAGAACAACGAGGCGGCCAAGCGCUCGCGGGAGAAGCGGCGCGUGAAUGACAUGGUGCUGGAGAGCCGCGUGCUGGCGCUGCUGGAGGAGAACGCCCGCCUCCGCGCCGAGCUGCUGGCCCUCAAGUUCCGCUUCGGCCUGGUCAAGGACCCCUCCAACGCGCCCAUUCUCCCGCUCGCCGCCGCCCCUCACCACACCCCGCAGGCCGCCACGCCUCAGUACUACCUCCCCAGAGGAGAGGGGGCACUCCGCAGCUCCUUAGCCCCGCCUCCAAACAACCCGCCCGGUCAGUUUAGCGCCAAGACUUCCAGGGAGGCGGGCAACGUGUCCGAAGACUCCGGAUUCUCCACUCCCGGAGGCUCCAGCGUGGGCAGCCCGGUCUUCUUUGAGGAACGAUUGGGCGACCACGGCAAGUUCUCGCCGCACCGGGCCGAGGAGCCGGGCUACGAGCUCCUGCACUCGCCGGGCGACGCCCACCACGCCGCCGCGCCCGGCCCGAUGGCGAGGCUGGACCAGGGGGAGGGCGUGAAGAACCUCCCGCACAAGCUGCGCUUCAAGACGCCCGGCGGCGGCGAGGCGCCGGACGACCACAGCCGACGGAGCCCCUGGCUCCCGCAGCUGGACGCGGGGGACGACGGCCGGAGAGAGAGGCCGUCCCCGCAUUACGGCGCCGCCCCGAACGCCGCCGGACCCCCUUCCCCGCCCGCUCAGGCCCACGGCGAGGUCCAGUACCGGCACGAGAACACUUACCUCAAGACCCAGCUCAGCUCGCUGAGCGAGGAGGUGGCGCAGCUGAAGAGGCUUUUCACAGAGCAGCUCAUGGCCAAAGCCAACUGA